AUGCAGCAUGCGGACGACUGCAUAGGAAGAGUCGGAAAAGGGCAGGUGCAAGUCGACGUUGAUUCUGCGUGUACCUCGGCAAUCCGGAGAAACCUAGCAAUUUCAACUUCAACUCCCAGGACGCCACGGCACUGCGACGUCCAAAUCAAUGAUGAACCGCAACACAAUGGUUCCAGGACGAAGUCUACGGUUGACGUCGAAAGAAUCGCCAUCAGAACGAGGGCGAAGAGAACAAGUGCUGCCGCCCUACGGCAUCCCAAUGUUCGUUUUUCGCAAUAUGCGCAGCGACCGAGAAUUGUUCGACCACCCACGCUACCGCGAGGACUUUGUUGCAUUCUUUCUUCCGCACAGCCCGAGCGCUCCGCGGCCUCGUGGACAGGGCAUCAUUUCCACUUCAGCCGCACAUCAGAUGUAGACUUUCAUCGCUCUGGAUCUGUUCCUGAAGCUUUCCUUGCGGACACCGGUCUGGGCCAGGGGGGACGCCACAAAAUCGUUAGCGCCCAAAUCUACGGACUUGCCCGCCAAAAUGCACCACUCAACACCAGAACUUCCUAUCGCGAAUCCAAGCCACGCGCGGUUUUGACAGCUGUGCCGCGCCUUAUGACUGAUUAAGCGACUCAAGCCUCGGCGCGGCGGGCCCACGUCGCGAUGUCCGUCAAGGAUAGGCAGACACUAGACACUUUCUGGGUCGAUGUGAGUAAAUAUGGAUGUGCAAAGCGCGCGUUCCUGCAGCAAUGGUUGCGAGCUCCAUACUCAAAGCUUCAUGACAAGACCCAGCUUGGUAUAGGGCGACCCUGCAGGAGUGGUUUGACCUGCAGGUGGAGACUGACAGCCUAGCCAGUGUUCGCCCAAUCGAUAUGCUCACCUAAACGGGGAACAGCCUCGAAGCCGUGAGUAUCAGGAGCGGAUUAAUAAACCUUGGGGUGGACGCCCAUCUGCUUUCCUU